AUGGUGUACUUCUUUAAUCGCACUCGAUAUGUGGUGGUCGUGUUGUCGACCAUCUGCUUAACGUUGAUCUUCUCCAAUAGUAUCGCAUUCAACUUCACCAUUAUCUGUAUGGAUGAUGUUCGUAUUGAAUACUAUCAGCAGCAAUCGAUCAAUAAUGGCACAAGUCAGUAUUUCUUUGCAUUGAUGCCAGAUAUGCAUUCAAUCAACUCCAAACGAUGCUUAUUGAAGUCGAAUGCAUGGCGCAUCCUUAGGGGAUUGGCCAGUGCCAAGAGCUUUAUCCUUUUUAUAAAAAUACUCAACAUUUUAGAUGAAUCGUCCCCACACUGGCUUGAAUCGGGUAGUCACACCAAUGCGCUAUUUUCUGCGAUUGCUGUCGGUUGUCUCAUUGGUACAUUACUGUCACAGUUCACUUCUAAUGCUUUGUUUUUAUUGCAGGGUAUGGGAACGGCAUUGUCGUUCCCAGCUACUGGUCUUAUUGCUUCACAAUGGUCAACAGUAAGAGCAAGUGGCACCUUCAUGGCUAUUCUUUCAUGUCAUGCACAGGUAAUAAGGCUAGGACAUGGCUGUCCAGGAAUUCCAGCGAUAAACUUCCCAAGCAGCAAAAUACUGGUAGCACUGGCCUAUUUUAGGGCAAUCGUUACGGAUCGGUGUAUUAUUGGUGUUUGGUUGUCGUCUUUCGGAGGAAAUGUUGGCUUCCAAACAUUUUUACUUUAUGGCCCAACUUAUAUGAACAAGGUUUGUUUGCAGUUUUUAACACUAUUGAAACUCAUGGCUUUCGCUUUCGCGGUAGGACCUAUCUCUGACAGAGCCACAUUCGUUUCGGACAGAUUGUGUUUGAUCUUUUUUGCUGUUUUUUCUCAGGGAUCGAUGGCUAUGGCAAUUUUCUCCUUAAUCAGAAAGCAAGGAUUGGCUCAACUCGCUUACACUCUGUCGAUUGUGUUCAGUGGUGUAAAUGUAGUGGGUACGAUAAAAUGCGUGGCGCGACAACAUGUACACAUCGUUAUGGCGGUGAUUUCAUUCCUUCUCUGUAUCAUUAUUCUUCUCAUACCAGUUGCGGUUAAUAUUGUUUGUCCAGAUAAUACACCAGAACAGUGGUCUCGUUUUUUCCUCGGAGUGAGUGCGAUUGUUUUUCUAUCAAAUAUUCCGUUUCCAUUCGUGGCUCGAAGUGAUCCUGCUCCGUGGACUAGUGAUAAGGUUAGUAGCUUUAUUGAUUAG